AAGCUUGAUUGAUCAAUUCAUUCUAGCAGAAUGUUUAAGACAUCUGCAUACCGUGAGUCAAUGUUGAUCUCUGCCAAAUUCCACGCAUUGGAUCAUUCUAUGUAUGCAUGCAGUGGCCGAUCACGGAUCAACCCCACCAAGAAAUUUAAUCCCAUCGGUAUGAGUUGUUUGGUGGAGUAAAGUACUCAAUCUUUUGUUUGAAUAUUUUAUUUACAUUCAAUUUAUAUCCCAACAAUUUCAAUCAAAUUAGACAUCAUGGCUGGAUUUGACACAAAGUGAGCUUUCAGAUCAUCUUUACCCCAAUUUCCCCUUCUAACAUCUAUUCUAGGAAGGUUCUUAUGCUCGGCGCGGGCUUUGUUACACGCCCUACCUUGGAUAUCCUCAGUGAAGCAGGCAUUCAAGUUUCUGUUGGUACACAUAAAUCUCAGUUCCUUUCCAGAUAAUGAAACUGACUUUCCUCCAGCAUGCAGAACCAUUGAAAGUGCAAAGAAGCUCUCCGAAGGUGUAAAGAAUGCCCACCCAAUCUCCCUCGAUGUUACAGACGACAAAGCUCUCGAUGCUGAAGUUGCAAAGAACGAUUUGGUCAUCAGUUUAAUCCCAUAUACCUUCCAUGCGACCGUCAUCAAAUCUGCCAUCCGAAACAAGAAGAAUGUUGUUACAACCAGUUAUGUUUCUCCAGCAAUGAUGGAAUUGGAUGAAGAAGCCAAGAAUGCAGGUAUCACAGUUAUGAAUGAGAUUGGUUUGGAUCCAGGAAUCGAUCACUUGUAUGCUGUUAAGACUAUUGAGGAGGUUCACAAGACUGGUGGAAAAAUCACAUCUUUCUUGUCAUACUGUGGAGGCCUUCCAGCUCCAGAGGAUUCGGAUAACCCUCUCGGUUAUAAGUUCUCUUGGUCUUCUCGUGGUGUUUUGUUGGCAUUGAGAAAUGCUGCAAGAUUCUAUAAAGAUGGAAAGAUUGUUGAUGUUGCUGGUCCAGAAUUGAUGGGUACCGCCAAACCAUACUUCAUCUACCCAGGAUUCGCAUUUGUAGCCUACCCAAACAGAGAUUCCACCCCAUACAAGGAGCGUUACAACAUCCCUGAAGCACAAACUAUCAUUAGAGGUACUUUGAGAUAUCAGGGUUUCCCAGAAUUCAUCCGUGUACUGGUUGAUAUGGGAUUCUUGAGUGAUGAAGAUAAAGGAUUCUCCAAGCCAAUUUCCUGGAAGGAGGCUACACAAAAGGUUCUCGCAGCUUCUUCAAGUUCUGAGGAUGAUUUGAAAUGGGCAAUUGCUUCCAAGGCAAAGUUCGAGAGCACUGAAGAAAAGGAACGUAUCAUGAACGGCCUUAACUGGGUUGGUAUCUUUUCUGACGAGAAGAUCAUUCCCCGCGGUAAUCCUCUUGAUACUCUUUGCGCGACUCUUGAGAAGAAGAUGCAAUUUGAAAAGGGUGAACGUGAUCUCGUCAUGUUGCAACACAAGUUCGAGAUUGAGCACAAGGAUGGAAAGAAGGAGACUCGUACAUCCACAUUAGUUGAAUAUGGUGAUCCAAAUGGAUACUCCGCCAUGGCCAAAUUGGUCGGUGUACCAUGUGGUGUUGCUGUCAAGCAAGUACUUGAUGGAACGAUUAGUGAGAAGGGUGUCCUUGCACCUAUGACCAGUAAGAUCAAUGACCCAUUGAUGGAGGGGUUGAAGAAAUACGGAAUCACAUUGGUUGAGAAGACCAUCUCUUAGAUUAUGAUAUUAGAUAUACCUAGAUGAGAUUAAAAGUUUAAAGAACACAAAUGAUUUAGCCGUAGUCAGGAUCAUCACUUAUGGAUUAAGUGCUGGAUUGAGAUAGCUACUCUUUCGCUUUGUAUGACCACGCAGAUGAACUCAUAUGAGACUCUGCAUGAGUGUAAACACCAAACUCACAAUCCGACGGCGAGAUGCACCCAGAGAAAGAAAGA